ACAUCCGCAGCCAAAGCAACUUGAAAGCUUCAUAUACAACAAUCCUAAGAAACCAACACUUUCAUCAAACAACUAUAUCCAACAUGCCUUCUUACAUCAUUACUUGCAAGGACGACGCGUCCGACGAGCAGGUCCAGUCUGCCAAGCAGCACGCCAAGGACCAGGGCGGCAAGAUCACACACGAGUACAGCCUCAUCAAGGGCUUUGCCGUCGAGUUCCCCGAGGAUAGCAUCCAAACUCUCGAGAGCCACGAGCAUAUUAAGACUGUCGAGGCCGACGGCGAGAUGAGGACUCAGUAGAUUUCAGGAAUGCGUUAGAAGAGAUGGGCGACAUCCAAUAGAUUAUCUCGAGCUCUGUUGCACUGGCGUUCUGGAAUAUAAUUAUUAUUAAACUGCCCAUUAUCCAAG